AUUCACCAUCAACUCCAGGCUAUCCACGACGCCAAUAGUCUCGUGUGACAAAUCUAGGGUUGCGAAUAACGUCUACUCGCCCUACUCGCUUCGUUCGCGCCGCCUCUACGUCUACGAUGGGCAUACAACCGCCGAAUUGACCUCCUCGGAACCAUGGGCGACGUCGAGUCUGCGACGGUGAAGCUCGCGGAGCUGUUGCGGCACCCCGAGGACCUCGAGAAGAUCCCCGCCCUCAAAGCCGAAUUCACGCGCAAGAAGGCCGCCGUAGACGGGCAAUUACGCCAUGGGCUGAAGGAGCAGCUGGAGCUGACCCAGUCGGGCAUGAGCAGCAUCACCGAAGGACAGCGCACCGUCAACCUGAUCAAAGAUGAGAUGAUGAAGAUAGAUAAGCUAUGCGCCGAGGCCCAGAACAUGAUCCAGGACUUCCCGCACAUCAACCUGGUUGCGCAGACGCACAAGAACUUCGAGUCGGUCGAGAAGAUGCGGUCCGAUAUCCAAACGUUUGAGGAGCGCCUCGAGAAUCUCGACAUGCUGCUGGGUCAGGACGACGAGGACCCUGCCAACCAGCCACACUUGCUGCAGAUACACUACGGCUUGACACAGCUACGAGAUAUACGCGACGAAGCCAUGGAUCAGAUCAAGAACACCGACGACGCAUCGACCGAGCUCAUCGAUAACCUUGCCCUGGAAAACGGCGUUACCGUGCAGGACCUCUUCGCACGCCUAGACGAAGUGAUUGAGUGGUUCGACAAACACAUUGGAGAGGCAUGCAUAAACCUAAUUGAGCUGGUUCAGUCUGGCAAUGAUGGCAUGGUCGUGCGCCUAGCAGUCAUCGUAGAAGAGGAGGAGAAGACAGACAAAAAGGUACAGGCCCUCCAGGAUGCCCAACGCGAAUACAAGGACCUUGCUUCUCGAUUCAAGUCUAUCACCCAAGGGCCGAAAGAGAUUCGUGGUUACAAAGACAAAUUCAUCAAGUCGAUUGAAUAUGUUUGUCACGCGCAGAUGGAGGAAGCGAAAGAGAACUUUCAAGAAGAUCCAGAGAAGAUUGACAAGUACUUUAAGUGGUACUUCAACAAUCUCAAUACGGUCAAAUUAGGCAUGGUCAACCUCAUGCCCAAGAAGUGGAAGAUACUCGAAACAUACACGAACAUCUAUCACAAGCAGAUGCACGACCUCUUGAUGAGCUUCGCUGAGGAUGAGGGCUUGGGACCACAGUAUCUGCUGGCUGUCAUUAACUGGGUGGACAAGUACUACGCGAAGAUGAACAAGCUCGGCUUUUCAGAAGAGGAGUUGCAACCACACGUCAUCGACAACCGCAGUGCGGAGCUGAUCCGUACUUACCGACAGGUCAUCAUUCAGGCGGUUGACCAAUACAUGGAUCGCAUUAACACCCAAGACAAAAAGAGUUUCCUAGAUCAAGACAGGACUGCGUACGAGGUUAAUCCAGACGGCAUCUUCCAGACGAGAUCGCUCGGCGAUGUAUGGACACUGCUUAGCCAGAAUCUCUCCGUGGCUGCUAGUAGCGAGCGCACUGAUGUCGCUGAAGGCGUCGUGGACUCCAUGUUCCGCGCCCUCAUCACACGACAGCGCGUAUGGACCCAGCUCAUAGAUGAAGAAAGAGACAAGUAUACCGGACCAGAUCCCACCUUAGAUGGCGAAGGCGUAGCUGUCUUCCAAGAAUGGCUCAUCGCCAUCGCCAACAACCAAAUCAUUUGUAUUGACGACGAAGAAGACGCAAACGGACGCGCAUCGUUUGUCACCGUCUUUGAGCGCGAAAUCACCCCCCUCGUCUCGCAAACGUAUAUGAGCGACAGAUUAGCCAGCCAAGUGGAGGAACUCAAGAAUGGCUACAUCGAUAUCUCGUCACGCUGUAUACAAAUUUUCUGCCAACUCAUUUUCCUUACAGACUUCAAGCCUAUCCUCUCCAAGUUUUUCACCCCAGAGUGGUAUUCGAGGACGGAUAUGGCGUCCAUCAUUAUUACGUUUAAAGACUACCUUAGCGACUACGAACAGCAAGUGCAUCGGUCGUUGAGGGAUCUAAUGAUCGACUCCCUCGCCGACGAACUUCUCGUCCAGUACCUGUCAGCAGUCCGCAAUAAGGGCGCGAAGUUCAGGCGGACGGAUCAGUUUGCGGCGAAGAUGAAGGAUGAUCUCAUUACCGCUUUCGAGUUCUUCAGCACGUAUGGAGGGCAGGGGCAGGAGAUCAAACAGCGCUGGCGCGCGGUGGAGUUCUUCCUCAAGUUGCUCGAGAGCGACAAAAGCCAGGUGCCUUUUGCGUUUGAAGAGUUCAAACGCAACUACCGGGAUGUGCAUAUCAGUUGGGUUGAAGCUGUGCUUAGGUCAAGAGAUGACUUUGAAAGAAGCAUGCUGAAUGCGGUGAAGGCGAAGGCUGCAGAUCCUAUUCCAGACGAUGUCCCUGAUGAUCCGAUCAUGGGUAGGGUGAAGUAGAGCCUGGUGGGAAACAAUAUUGUUGGGAUGGACUGGCCAAUAUCGAAGGCGAGCAUAUGGCUCGCAAGGGGAAGCAAAGCUAGUGCAACCAGCCAGUCCUCAUGUACCAAAGCUUUGCCCUUUUUGAUGCUGCACGUUAUAUUUAGGUGUUUGCAGCAAUACCCCAUAUUCUAGAUUUUCCGUAUUUUAGCGCACGCGGUUGUGUUUUGCAGAAUAUAACGCGCAAAGUUGAUUGUAUCGAAGUCAGCUUUCAAUCGCCUACACAUGUGGAAGCCAAGCAUCUCCUGAGUUGUUUGUUUCAAACAAUCCACCGCAUGUUCAUGAGCAGGAACGCACAACCUUAUGUGGCAAAUUAUGGUACGGGAACAUUUCCCCGCCGACUCAGACGUUCAUCUCCAACCCUAGCUAGACCCCCCAGCUAGUCCACGCACGGGUACCCGCAAAUACAGAU